CAAUGAUAUGCAAAUUUAUUCAUUAAAUCGCUGACGAGAAACGUCACAAGUUUAUUCAGGCAUCUCGGCGCAACUGGUUUUUCAAAAAUUUUGAGCUUCAUUGCUAACUUGUGUAUGUACUUGUGCGGUCGCUGUUAGGUACGCUUAUUUACGAAAAAAGUUUGUUUUCCAAGUGAUUAAAACCAUGUGGCGGAUUGAAAUGAUUUUCUCAUUCUACGACAGAUUUUUCAGUUAAACAAUAAAAAACAGUGACGUUUGUUCACCACUUCAUUUCCGAAACUCAUGGAUUACAGCCAAUUGCUGGAAUUCUAAUGGCAGUCAAUUCUGGUAACAUUUCAACGUGACAUAAUAAAAAUAGGUACAUUCGAAACGAAGCGAUAAAAUCACCAUGCUACUUUUGGCAGCGUUAAUUUUACAUAUGGUGCUGGGAAAUGUUGAAUCACGGGACAUCGAUACAAUUAUACAAAAUUUCACCGGCAAUAAUGAUUCAAAAUUCAGUAUUUUAGCAAUAGAUAAGGCUAAUCCAACUAUAAACAAGAUCACGCCACCUCUACAAGCAUUUUGGUACACUACUAUUCUAAUUGAAGGGACAAAUUUAUGUUCACCAACAAUUAGCAACAUUUGUAAUAUCACUGUAGCUGGGUUACCUUGUGUUCCUAUGGUGAAAUCACAAUUUUACAAACCACCAACAGUAAUUCAGUGCCAGAUGAACCAAACAAUGGAAUACCCAGAAUUUGAUAAUAUAGUAGGACCUGUUGUGGUUCACAUGGGAAACUUAUCUGCUAUUUCUUCACAGAAUUUCACAUUAGUUGUGCCAAAAAUAAAAUCCAUAUCACCAAAAAAAGGGCCUCUUUCAGGCGGAACUGAACUCACCCUCGAGGGAAAUUUCAUUGAUGAUGGUUCUGUUGAAGUUAAUAUUGACAAAAUUGCUUGUGAAGUAUUUUUCAGGAAUUCCAGUCUAAUGAAGUGUCGUACACCUGCAUUAAACAAAUCAAUGAACUGUUAUUUGAGCAAGGACUGUAAUGUGAGUGUAACAUUUGAAAGGUAUCUUAUCGCAAAUUUUAGAAACGGAGAAUUCAAAUUCAACUAUUUAGAGGACCCGAACAUUGAUAGAUUUGACACUCAACCACCUAAAAGUAUACCAGCAGGAGGUAUCAGACUAUAUGUAGUCGGAAAAAACUUUAAUUCAAUUCAAAAACCACUGUUUUACAUUUACAAUGAGGACAUGACGAAACGAUACGAGUCAGAAUGUCAAGUUUGGCAUACGGGUGCUACAAUGCUUUGUUUGACACCUGAUAUUUUAGAUAUAGAUAGCUCAUCUUUCAACAAAAGUAAUCCAAUCCGGUUGAAUUAUGGAUUUGUUAUGGAUAAUGUUGCUUAUGUACAAAAUAUCUCCGUGAACACUUCCCACAAUAAAUUUAAAAGGCUCAUGUUGUACCCUAAUCCAACAUUUAAAUCAUCAAAUGAAGAAAUCAAGACUUCUGCAAUAGGUAAUGUUGAAAGUCUCAUUAUUGAGGGGAAAAAUAUGGAUUUGGUUUGUACAGUAAAUGAAAUUGUUGUAAAAGUUGGUAAUCGCAGUUGUGAAGUGAAACUUUUAACAGCACAGGGACUCAAUUGUCAUCUACCACCACCAAAUCGCUUAAACAAAUCAGAUGAAAUUGGUGAUGAGCCUCUAAACGUCACUGUACAUAUUGGACCAAAGUUUCAAGUGGUUGUUGGGAAGUACAAUGUGAAAUCCUCACGGGAGCCAAUAAUUGUUGAUGAGUAUAGUGCAAAACCCUCAUGGGAUUCGAUGCCUUAUAUUUUGUAUGGGGGUGGUACAAUGGUAUUGAUUAUAACAAUCUCAAUCGUAAUUACAUUCACAUGUAAGAAGUUUUCUAAAAAAUCACGAGACUUGGGAAAAAGUGUACAAGCGUCUGAAUUACUGAUCUACAAACCGAAAUAACCAAUCUCACAACAAAUUUCGAAUCAGAAAGAAAACUACCAUUAGUUGACUAUCAUACCUAUGUAGGUAAGAAUAUUAUUAUCUGAGGUAUCGAAGACCAUAGCAUUAUACUUACCGAAACAUCUGAAAUAUUAGAAAAAGAACAAGGGUUACAAUUGUUCAACCAAUUACUUCUCAAUAAAACUUUUCUACUGCUGUUUGUUCAAACGUUUGAAAAGCGUGCAGAUUUUGGUUUUAAAAUAAUUCAAGUUUGAAUAUCUCAGUGUUCCAAGUUACCAUCGCUUACAGUACUUAGAAAUAUCAAUCUCUCUAUAUUAAAAAAUCAAAACCCGUCAAACAACUUCUGGACGAGAGCGAACGACUCGGAAAUCGGAGAUGUGUUAGUAAGGCGUUUACAAGACGUUUACAAGACGCUGUAUGUUUGUGGUAGUGAGAGUCGAAAUACACCGAAAAUGUCCGAGUGGUGGAAUUGCAACGUGACGUGUAUUAACAUAGUACUACGUUUGUAGUGGUGAGCCUUGGCGCAGCACAAGCCGCGUGAAACAUUUGGGUGUUGAAGUAAGGAACAGGAGAAAGGAGAACGGACAGUGUAGGUGAUGAAAGAAGGUAGAGGGACAAGGAGAGCGGGAAAGCAGUACAUAUUAUAUUGAAAGAACUGGUCUGGUUCAAGUACAGGAGAGAAGGAUAGAUGAAGCGAGGAUGCGGAUAUCACUAGAUCACCGAAGUACGUCCUGCUAUUUUUUGAUGGGAGGGGGGGAUAUGGUUGCGAAUUUUCGUAGUUCCCGCGUUAUAACGAAUUCGUUCUGCGGUGCCACCGUGGGCAAGAAUCCAUCUACGCUCAAAAAAUUUUAUGUGACUUGAAUCAUCCUGAGGCAUCGGUUAGAUUUAGUUUUGAGAUUUUAAACUUUCAGGAUUUUAUUAAAUUCAACUGUAGAUCGUUAUUAUGACUGGUUGAUUUUUUUGUGAGUUGAAGGAGCCAAUUGCUUCGCAAAACUCGAAAUUUACGAAUUUUGAAAAAAUCAUGGGCUUAAUAGAUGUUUAGACCCUAAAUAAAAAAGAGUGAGUUUUAAUUUCAGUUGUUUAAGGUAGUUUUCAGAUUCUACUGACUUUUUUACAUAAACUAAUUUCCCUGAUUUUUGAUUUUAAAAGUUUCAAGUGCGUACGACUAAUUUUUCUUUUUAAUGUUUGAUAUUCGAAAAAUUCAAUUUGAACUUCGAGUGAACACAGUUCCGCGUGUUUUUUUCGCAAAACAAUAGUAUGUUGCUACGAAUUCUUGAAGUACACAGUGGGCCACAGACCCCCCCAAAAACGGUGAUAAUUAGGAUUCAACCCUCAUCGAUGUGAAAUAUGUCAAUAAGUAUGUUUUCGAGGUCGUAGAAUUCGAAUAUGUGCUUAUUUUUUUGUAGGAGUGGGGGUGAGGCGUGGGGAGCGAGAAAAUUUUAAAUUUUGCUUAUAUUAUCGUGUAAUAUAUCGAUUAAUAUGUUUUCGAGGUCGCAGAGUUCAAAUCUGGAGUUAGUCUUUUGGUAGAGGUAGGGGUGAGCCGUGGGGAGGGGAAAAUUUCAAAUUUUGCAUUAAUUAUUCUGUAAUAUGUCGAUUGAUAUGUUUUCGAGGUCGUAGAGUUCGAAUCUGGAGUUAGUUUUGCAGUAGAGGUUGGGAGAUGAGGCGUAGGGAGGUGGAAAGUCCCAAAUUUACUUUUUGAUGUUUUCUUAUACCACUGAUUUUCAAAGUUUACAGUUUCUCUCUAUAUUAAAAAAUCAAAACCCGUCAAACAACUUCUGGAUGAGAGCGAACGACUCGGAAGUCGGAGAUGGGUUAGUAAGGCGUUUACAAGACGUUUACAAGACGCUGUAUGUUUUGACGUCACAACGUAAUGCACUGAUUUUUUUUGUUUUUAUAAAGGAAGAAAAAAAAUGUAAGGAAAGUAAAAUUUUCUACAAAAUUAGUUAUGUUUGAAAGUGCAAUAGAAAACAAGAUUUUAAAGCUCAAGUACAAAAAAAUAUGAAAUAUCAAUUUUUUCCAGAAGUUUUCUUCUAUCACGCAGAUGACAUUUAAACCCACCCUACUUUGUACAGAACUUUACUUCGCAAUGCUAUAUAUUUAAUUUCAUCUUACAUAGAUUUUGCUUUAGUUGUUGAAAGAAAAAAACUACGCUUCUUUACGGUCACAUGGCAACCAUUUAAAUGAGGGGGGUUUUCUGAAAAAUACAUAAAGGCUAUAGGCGCCUAAGAGGGGUGUAAUGGUCCCCGAAAACGUUCGAGUUGAUAUUAGCAUGGAAGGUGGGUACCAUUGAGAAACUUCCGCGUGGAAAGUUUCAGAUCCACACCCCUUCCCCUUUUUGGCGAACCCCACUUUUCUGAAACUUCAAUAACACGUUUCUCAGCCCCAUUUCAACAGAUUUUGAAAAUUUUUCAGUACGUCAUGUAUAUCUUUAUAAGGUUUCCCCACAAAAAUUUUCAACCCCCUCCCAUCAUUAUUUAACCCUUGAGAUGGAGUUUUUUUCAUUUUUUAUGCAUAUCAGGAAUCAAGAUUGCGAGGUACAGUUUUAGAAACGCGUUUUCUGGAUGUAAUUUUGACCCCCAAACGUCAUGUACUUUUUUCGACAUUUUUUCAAUGGUGCGGCG